GAAGCGAGGCGAGAGGCAACAGCGACAAGAAGGAGAGCAGAGACUUGGACAUUAUACACAGACACGACCACCACCACCACCACCACCACCACCACCAGUACUACUACUACUGCCACUACUACUGCUACUACAGCAGCCGGACCCAGCAGGACUCCAUACAGUUUAUUCCAGCAGCAGCAGAUAGGAGUGGGGAAGUUUGGAGACAUGCAGUCAGUGUACCAGCACCUCAUCAGCCUGCUGUUUGUCUUCAGCAGCCUGCACGUUCGACAGCUGACGGAGGGCUGCUCGUGCGCUCUGUCGCACCCGCAAGACGCUUUCUGCAACUCCGAGAUCGUGAUCCGAGCUAAAGUGGUGGGGAAGAAGCUCCUGAGGGAUGGGCCUUUUGGAACGAUGCGCUACACAGUCAAGCAAAUGAAGAUGUACAAAGGAUUCGACAAAGUCCAGCACGUGCAGCACAUUUACACAAGCGCCUCUGAGAGUUCGUGCGGCGUCAAGUUUGACAUCAACAAGUACCAAUACCUGAUCACAGGUCGAGUGUACAACGACAAGGUCUACACCGGUCUGUGCAACUUCAACGAGCAGUGGGACCGACUCUCAUUGGCCCAGAAGAAAGGCAUCAACCAUCGCUACCAGCUGGGCUGCAACUGCAGGAUUAAGGCCUGCCGCUACCUGCCUUGCUUCGUGACCUCAAAGAACGAGUGCCUAUGGACGGACAUGCUGUCGCACUUCGGCAAUUCCGGCUACCAGUCCCGGCACUACUCCUGCAUCCAGCAGAAAGAGGGCUAUUGCAGCUGGUACCGGGGCAUGACCACCCGUGACAAAACCACCAUCAAUGCCACCGACCCCUGAGCCUGCAUGCACCUCGCCUGAAACCCACUGCCGCCUCCCUGACUCCGUCCCUUCCCUGAUCACCUCCAGAGUAUUUCAGGACUCUUAAAGCUCACUGGCCUGGGAGACUGCCCCCCCUUAGAGGGGCAAAAAAGAGAAAAGAACAAAUCCAUUACAGUGCCUGUUUCGUAGCACUUCUGACAGAAAACAAUACCUUUUUUUUGUUGUACAGAUCACCCACUUGAACUCUUUGAAGUUUUUCCAACAUUACAAUCAAACAUCAUCCUUGCAGCGCACUGUCUCUUUAGGGUUGAAUGGUGUUAAAAAGGUGACACAGACAGAAACUGCCCACUGCUAGCCCAUAUCUUUUUCCUGUUGUCCCUUAAAACUAAAAGUCAUUAGGUAUCAGAUGAAUUUCAAUCAGUAAGAAAAAGUAAAACCAGCAAUCAACACUAUGUAAAUCUGAGAUAUAAAGCUGUUAUAUUGUCGUUCCUUAACUGCACCUGAGAUACAGCAUAAGACUCUUGCAGUUCUGCACAACUGCAAUAGAGAAUAUCAUUGAGAAUACAGAUUAAGGGCCAAUGUGCAAGGUAUGAUCCCUGAAAAUUAUACCUCCUAUUUUGGCUUAAAAAUAAUUUUGAAAAUGGUAUUGUUUCACAGUGAAGUAUAUCGAUUAUGUUCAGUUUUUACUGUAACGUGUCUUUACGGAUGGUAGUGUCUGCUUUCCUGAGUGUUUGUGGUGUAACGUAUUUUGCAGUUACAUCACAAACAGGACUCUUUCUGUUGAACACUGAUGUAUAUCAGCAUCUGUCUGUUACAGUGACAACACAGGGAAGAGCUAAUUUCCUUCAGAGAUGGUGAUAUUUUAUCGUUUGCUGUAUAUAUAUGUAAGCUACAGAAAUGAACUAUCAACUCAGCUGAAACCUCUGUAAUACAUUUAUUUAUAUGUUAAAUGGGUUACGCAUUAACCAUGUGGUAUAUCUGCAAAAAAUAUAUAUAAUGACAGGCCAAAACUACAUUGUGACAACCAUUGCAGCCUGUGCAAUUGUCCAGAAUGAAGGACCAGCAUCUGCAAGUUAUAUAUUAUGGUACUUUUUUUUUGCUGGAUUAUAUUUCCCCUGACUGGUACUCUUCACCAAUCCAAUGAAAGUACAGUAUAAGCAGAGGUUUCAGAAAAUGAUUUAUUUUGUAAGUGUAUAUUCAGUCUUUUUGUAUUUAACUAUUUGAAAUGGACAUUAUAUGAAAAGUAACAAUAUUGUCACUAAAUUCAUUCUUCUUCACCUGCACCCACCUGGGAGGGGGUUCCUUAUGUUUUCCCUGUGCCGUACCUUCAGUCCAUUCCAUUAACAGACACAGAUUUGCCUCAGAAGGAGUAACAGCCCCUUCAUCACUCACAUAAAAUAACACUGCAUUGCUAACGCAACUAUUUAGUAAACAAACACAUGGCUUUGACCAUGUUGGUUGUUUUCAAAAGUGUAGUUUGACAUUUAGGGAAAUAUUCUUAUUUGCUUUCCUGCUACAGCCAGUUAGCUUAGCUAACAGCUAAGGUAAUAUACACAGGAAACCAGUGGCCUAGUUCUGUUCAGUGGUAAUAAUAUCUGCAUACUAGCACCUCUAAAGCUCACUAAUUAUCACAUUAUGUCUCUUUUAUUUAAUUUGUACAAAUACCAAAGUGUA